AUGCCUCGUUUCGAAGAGCUUCGCCAGACGGCAUUCCAAGCCGAGAAAAACCUCAACUCUUACCAGGCCAAGCAGGGUCUUGGUCAGAAGAGCGACUCGACCCUCGAGUCCGGUGUCGACGAAAUGGUCGACCAGCGAUUCGCCCAGCCGACCGGAGUCAAAUAUGGCCCUGGUUCCACGGCGUCGGGCAGCGAGCACCGCAAGGUUCCCGAGGACGAGGGCGGCACGCGUGAUGACCGUGGAAGACUCCCCGAAGCGAAGGACUUCCAGGGCCCCGGUGGCCCCGAAGACAACGUCAAGGUUGAGUCGGAAAACCGUCCUGGUGAUCAGGACACACUCAAUCUGCAGGAUAUGAAGAACCGGGGAAUUGCGGGCUGA